AUGUUCACUGGCAAGGAGGAAGUUGACCCAGGUCCGACAGCCAAAGAAUGGCUGGAGAUGUUUUCACACCAACUGGAGGAACUUAAUAACGUGCAAGAUCCGGAUAUACAGGCUCAAAUUAAAACUCCGCUUUUUGAAGUGGGACUCUUAAGUGAGGAUGAAGCGAUGAAAGUAUCUGACACGGAGGGCAAGAAGAAGAAAGCAUUACUUGUUCGAAUUAGGGGAAUUGAGAAAGCUUUGAAUUUGUACCACUCAGACUAUCUCAGUGAUUUGGAAAGUAAAUUACGGGAAGAGCUGGAUGUUGUUUUAGAGCAAGAAGAAAGCUUUUGGCGUCAAAAAGCGUGUUCGAAUUGGGUUAUUCACGGUGAUCGUAACUCUAGAUUUUUCCAUGCAUCGGUUAUGGCCAAAAGACGAAGGAACAAGAUAACUGCCUUUAAAUUGAAGAAUGACGAUUGGAAUCUAUUUCGAAAUGAAGGAGGAGCAAAUUCUAACUAUCCGAGCGGGUUGUUUCCAAAAGUUUCAGGUGAUCAUCUUCAAGAGCUUGAGCGACCCCUCAUGGAUAAAGAAGUAAAACUUGCUUUUGAUAUGAUGGCUCCGUUUAAAUCACCGGGGUUGAUUGAAUCCAUGCCGCGUUCUAUCAGCGGAAUUGGGCUGUUGUGGGAAAAUCAACUUGUGACUACUUACGCAGAAUUUUCGAAAGGGAUAUGUAGAAUGACGAGAUGA